CCCCUCCCUCAGCUCGUCGCAGUUCGCUCACAGACGCCGACGUGGUCAGAGCCGUUCGCUCACGGUAGAAUUCGAACUUUUUUUUUUUCCUUUUGAAAACCCCGCGUGGGUCGCGCAUGCGCGGAAGCUCGCCUGUAGAGACGCCAGCGAGGGAAGAAGCAGGCAUGGCGCGUGCGGCGCUCUGAGAAACUCCGCGCCAGUGCGUGUUUAGUUUCCUCCGAGUUGAGUGCCGUAAGAGGCAGUGUCUGCGCUUCGUCCCUGCUAUGGCCGUCUCAAGGACUCGCCUCCUCGGAGACCCAGGAUCGCGUGGGCUGCAGCUCUUUGCGCUGGCGGUCGUUCUUCUGCAGGGUUGCUGUAUGGCGCUGGUAGAUCAGGACUUCUCCCCUGCAGUGACAGCCUCUUGCAAGGCGGGCUUCAUGACCAUCCGUGUGCACACCAACCAGUCCUUCUAUGGCGCGCUGCAGGCCAGGGACUACCGCUCCCAGAGCUGCAUGAGCUUCGGCAACGGCAGCGCGGACACCGUGCUGAGCGUGAACCUGCGGGCGUCGCAGGGCGAGCCCGACUACUGCGGCGUCUUCUACAACAACAGGACAGGCGACCGGUCGCUGCCGAUAGCCGUGCGUCUGCACCGCACCUUGGAGCUGGCCGACGACAAGUUCUACGUCAUCACGUGCGGCAAGGCGGGCUUCAAGAACGCCAACAACGAGACGUCGCUGGUGUCGCUGAAGCUGCUAGACAAGGGCAAGCGCGUGCAAGAGGCGCUCAAGAGCCACGCCUACACGCUGCGCGCUGAGAUCUCCCGUCCCGACGGCACUUACGGCAUCAGGGUGAAGUCGUGCUUCGCCUUCGACAAGAGAAACAGCAGCGUCAACCUCAUCGACGACAAGGGAUGCCCCACCGACGCGAGGAUCAUCUCGCAGUUCAAGUUCGACCGCAAGCUGGGCGUGGCAGAUGCGACCCUGCGUUCCAUGUUCCGCUUCUCAGAGAGCAGCGAGGUGCACUUCCAGUGUGACAUCGUCGUGUGCAAAGGCAGCUGCUCGGCGGCUGUGUGCGGCUCUGAGCCCCUGCCAUUGCCCCAAGCCGUGUCCCAGGAGGGCCUGGACGAGCCCUCUGGCCCAGAGGAGGGUGUGCUCAUGGCAAGCACCAGCGUGUACGUACUGGAGCCGGGCGACGUUCCAGCCUCAACGCUGCAGGCGUGCGAUGAUGGCAUCCACCCGCUGUGGCUGUUGUACCUGUGCAUUGCGUUCGGCAUCAUGUUCCUCAUCAUGCUGCUCAUCAACAUCUUCCUGUGCUCCGCCAUGACGUGUGCCUGCUCCCGCACCGAGGUCAUCGAGAAGGAGCCGUCCAUCAUCGAGGACUACGACCCGUACAAGAGCUGGCACGGCUCGCAGUACGGCUCCCGGUACUCCCUGAACGGUAAACCCGGCUACACGUCCGGGGGAUCGACCAUGAACUCGACCCGCUCCAUCUCAACCAACAGCGACCAUUAUGCCAUCGUACAUUCUCGGCCGGGCAGCCGUUACUCGGCGCCCGGCUCCCACAAGGCUGCCACGCUCGCGCACCCACAGCACAACGGCCACCACCGAGGCCCGCCAUCCAACGUGGGCUCCCACUACUCGGCCGGCAAGAUGUGACCGUGAGUGUGGCGGCACUGCCAGCCACGGGUGAUGGCACUCUUGACCGUGGACGUAAUGGUGCUUGUGAGAAGUGCAACAGCUGACAGCUUUUGUGACUAUGAGAGUGGUGUCAUUUGUGACCACACAGGGCCGUCGAGAGAGGGGCACAGGUUUAAAACUCUCCGGGAUCCAGCUGAGUUUUGAGAAUUUAUAUAUCCGUGAGUUCGCCCUGAAAGUGGAACAAAAUUUCAAGUCAAUUGCUAAUAUAAUUAAUUUGAAAACCUACAAGUUAACAAGUUAAGCAAUAUGCACAAGUCACAUUAACAGCUAUGGCCACUUUAUGUGUACAGUUUUUAGAUAUUUAAGAUUGUGGGGUCAAAAUUUUGAACAUGAAGUAAUGGUGAGGGGAUCUACAAAAUCAGUUGCCCCCAGGCCUUAGUUUCUCUUGAUGGCUCUCGUGGCACGUGUGACCAUACGUGUGACAUGCUUGUGACUAAGUGCUUCUCUCCAUGAGCAUAAUGGUGCUUGUGACCCUAACAGGUUUGCACCCAAACAGGUGAAAAAAAUCUGAAAAAUUGUGUGUAAAGUAUGGACACAAUAAACUAAACGCUUACAUCUUCAAUGUGUGAAGCACCUAAUGACAGUUUGUGUUUGUUCUCUUGCAGAUCUUUAAACAGGUUUCGGAUUUUUACUGGAUUGAAACGUGUUUUCUUUUUAUCCAUUUCCUUUAAGGGGAAGAGAUAGGAGAACUGAAAUAAUAUGUAUUGGUUUUAACAGUUAUUACCUAUUUUUAAAUUUUAUUUAUUUUCUAAUAUUGAAAAUUGCUUUCUUUAUAGAGAUCACUCGUAAGAGAUUUACAAAGACAAUUACAUAGUGUCUAAUAUCAGUAUUGUUAAAGUUGUAGUCCUUUCCAUACUUGAGUUAGUACUAACACUAAGUGCCAAUGACUUCAUGGGUAAACCCCCUGUUUAAGGCAGCCAGUCAUUAUAAACUAUUUUUCUACAAAGUCAAAUUUUGAAAAUUCAAUAGCCAAAAGAAAUUUGAUUAUAGCUUAAAAGCUGUUGAAACCAAGGUGGCAACUUUCAGUUCCUAAGUCAAUAUUUUUUUUAACAAAAAUUCUUAUAAUUAGAUGUGGGUAUAAUAUCUUACAUUAAUAUGUGCAUUAUAUGGAUUAAAUCAAGAUUAAAAUUAGCACAAUGCAGAAACUAAUCAAAAUCUGAUUCACCAUACUAACAAAUGGCAUUGGUGUAAUGAGACAUUGUAAAUAUACCUAAUUUUUUGUUGUUCUGUUCACACAUGCAAUGUUUUAACAAAAUUUAAAUUGAACAUAAUAUUUCUUUAACGUGUAAUUCAAUUUUAAGAAAACAGAUUUUAAAAUAUUUCUAAAGAAAUAAAAAAAAAUUAUUUUUAUAUUCACUUAAAUUUAAGAAAACUAUUUUUUUUUCCAUUAUUAUGAUAGUUAAUGACAAAAAGCUCUGUGUUGUAUUAGAUAAUGUUUACAAUGAAAUGCUGUUAAUUGUGUAGUUAGAUUAUUUUUAUACUGUAAAUAUAUUACAUUAAAAUUUAAUUAAUUAGUGUAAAUUUUACUGUGAUACAGAACUGUACAUAUAUUUUGAGAAAAGUUAUUUUGGGACUUUGAUGUCUAAUAUUUUUUAGAUCUGAGACAUGUUUAUUCUGAAGAUUAAAAAAAUAUACUAAGGAGUGCCAACCAAACAGACUUUUAUUGUUGAAAUGCCUAUUUUUGUUUUUAAAACAUUAGAUAUUUUGUAUUUAUUCAUACUGUAUACAAUCUUUAAUAUAUUAGAAAAAAAUAACUGACUUUUUAUCACAAAAACAAUUUCCUAAUAUGAAUUUUGGAGAUUUUUAUAACCCAUUAGAUUACUGUUUAGUUCUAAUAAGUAAAAAAAAAUUAUUUUUUAUUUAUUUAUGUUAAAAUGUUCAAAAAUAUUACUAAUUAGUAAUGAUAGUAAAUAACAUUAUUUUCUUGUCACACACUAAAGAAUUAUUAUUGUAGGAUACACGUAACUUAAAGCCACUGCCACAGAGCCAUGCCGCUAGUAAAAUAUAGCCAGCUGCAUCUCAGGUGUCACUGGUCACACAAAGCUGUGUUCGCUAUGUUGGCGACAUCACCAGAUGUAUGGUUCUUUGCUAUUUCUUCUAAACGUCUCUGUUUUUGUGCAGAAUUGUACUGUACUUAUGUGUUUGCUUUUUAUGAAGUUUAAUUUCUCUCAGUAUUAUGCUUUAAAUAGUCCAGUUGAUCAAAGAUUUAAUUGAAAGAUUAUGAAAAUAUCCACGUUUAUGGAAUAAAUUGAUGGAAGAAUGUAGAAGGCAUGAUUUGCAGGACAAUGCCUGGGAUUUGAUUCCAAGGGAAUGCUAUCACACUGAGUUAAAUUUAUCCUGGAAUAAUCCAUAAAUUUGGUUUUGUCCACACUAGCAACUGCUUCAUCAAAUGAUGAAGCUCUUCGAAUUCUUUUGCUUUUAUAUUAAUUUCAUAAACCCAUUUCUUUGUACAUUUACAUACUGUGAAGCCAGCAGAAAGAAUAUUAUCUUCGUAAUCAUCACUCAAAUCCCACGGCAUGCGUCUCUCCUCCGACAUUAUGAACUAGACUGAUCUGUCUGGUUACCUGGCGCAGCGAACAUAGUGAACAUCGCCAACAUCGCAAACAUCGCGAACAUAGCGUAGCUUUCUGUAUGGCCUCAGCUUAAGAAUCACACAGCUACCAAAUCUGUGCUAUUUAGUAUUUAUAAUUUUUUCCACAUGAAAAAGAUACUAAACCAUAUUGAACUAUUUUGUUUAAUGGGUUUAAGUUUGUUCUGAUUCCUAAAUACAAAAUAAUAUUUUUAUAUAAAGAAAAAAUUGGGCACUCGAAACAAACAUUCUUUGGGAAUACAAAGCGUGCAUUAUAUAGGCAGAACUUUUUUUUUUUAAAUCUAUUAUCUUGGUGACUAAUCUUGGGGUGUAGCUAAAGGGAAAUAAUAAACCUUGGGGACCUGCUUGGUGUUAGAUUUUAAAAUGCAGCUAUUUCAAUUUUAGAGUACUCUUUUUUGAGUUGCUUUGAAAACAGUUAAGGGGGAUUAGGCCUCACCAUCUUGGAUUUUUCCAUAUUUGUGCUAUAAUUCUAAUUUUGAACAAUUUAUCCCAAUUUUUGGCAGGUCAAGGCAUAAAUCAUAUCUCUCAGACCUUCUCUAACUUGUUGCAAACACAUAUUUACUAACUGGCUCUAGUCUGUAAGCCCUGCAAGGAAACAACUGAUUGUUUCACACGGGCGACUACAACUAUCAUGAUAAUCAAACCAGUUCGCAAGUGUAGACUUCAAAAAGUAGCCAAAAGGUCCUAUGCCAUGUUGACCCAAAAAAUGUAGAACCAAAGCUUUAUUGUAAGCGGUAUCAAAAUAUUUCAAAUUGCAAGAUGGUGAGGCCUAAUCCCCCAUACCCAUAACACUAAAAUUGUGUCAAAUGUAUGAGCUUGCAUAUUUACUGAGCUUUUUGAUCUUCAUGAGAAGAUUUCCAAAGCACAGACACAGUCACUGACUGUAGGUAAUGCACAUGGCUGUAACUGUACAAAGUUUUGUCUCAAAUAAAAACAUAAAUUAAAAAAAAAGUUUUUUAUGAACUUUAGUUUAUGUACAAGCACACGAAAGCAUUUAGUGCUGCACAUUGUUUGGUUCUUUGCAUCUAAGUGAUAUGACGAGUUUGAAACUAUUAGUGUUGCCUAUAUUUUUUCAGGCUAGAAGAAAAUUUCAUAAGAGAAAAGUUUGUAAGGCACACUUAUCAUAAAAGUACAUAUUUAAGACCUAGCCUCAAAUACUUCUAACCAUAUUAUGAUAAACACACACAUUUAUAUGUAUACAUACACCCAUAUAUACAUACUAAAGGAAUGUGCAAGUUCAGUGGUGGUAGUUUUCGGGGAGGGAGGUUUAAAAAAAAAAAUUGAACACAUGUAUUCAAAAAUACCACAUUAAGUACUAUGGACACUAACACACUGCCAUAUGGGCCUAAAGUAGUAUCUAUAGGCAAUGUUGCUUCUGACACAAUAACAUACUGUCUUCACUGAUAUUUUGCCAAUUAUUUUUUCAGAACUUCAGGGAAGGGAGGGAUACAGCAACACUGUCCCCACUCUGCGUCCGCCACCGUGCAACUUGUAAAAAUUAAAAAAUUUCUCUAAUGAGCACUUUCAAUACCCACCAAGAUAUCUGUACUAUACCUUAGCAGUCAUUUCUACGUAUCAGAGGCAGCUGACACGCAUUCAACAAUGACGACAAUAUCCUGCAAUGAUAUUGUUCAUCUACUUUCACACUAAUGACCACACAACUUCAACAUCAACUGACUGAAAGUGUAGAAAAAAAAAGUGCUAAAUCACUGCUUGGUAUGAUGUUAAAAAGAGGACAAAAAGAUGCGCCGCCCCCCCCCCCCCCCCACACACACACACACACACAAAUCAGACAAAGGAACUACACAACUAAACAGUGAAAUACGAUAUUUUGCUAAUUUAAAAUAUUUUUAAUGAUAGAAAAAUAGCAAAGGGGGAACAAAGAGCAACAUUUACUUGGCAUGAGCUUUGUAUUGAUUGUGUAAAUUGCUUGGAAAUGUAAUAACAGCUAGGCAUGCCUAUCAGUAAUCACAUUCAUGCAUACAAUAAAACAUGCAAAAUACAAACACCAUUAAGUUUACGCCUGAUACUAGGCUCACAAAAUAAUUAUCACUCACCCAAAUACAGUGACAAGCUAAGCCAUUCAUUAAAUAAUUAUAAAAUUACACAGAUUUUCAAAACACUUAAUAUUCUAACAGAUAAAAUAAGUUUUCAGGAUUUAUUUAUGUUAAGUACUUUUCAAAAGCUUUACCUUCUUGUUACAUGGGGAUACAUGAGUGAAAUUUAUCAUACGGAACGCUGAAACACACAAUAUUUCAGAAACGUCGUUAAGCUUUUCUUUUUCGUAACUGGAAGUAGGCCUAGUACUGGCAGCAUUGUAACAUGCAGGGGCAGCAACCGGUCGCCCAAGGUCCCCGUGACUAGCGGGCCCAAGCCACCCUCUCAUUACUAAUCAAGAUAAAUUAGCAAAACCACCGUUAAAAUUUAAGUUUAAAGUUGGCUAAAAAAAUACGUUGUUAAAGAGUUUAUUUAUCAAGUUUUCAGAGCACCCCCUUUCUCUGGGGGCUUUCAUACACCUCCUAGGUUGCCUGAUAAGUCCCCUCUCCAAAAUAUCAGAGCCCGCAAAGUCUAUAGCGCCACUGGCAAUGAUAACCUAGUUUGGAUGAUGCAAAACAUUUCAACCUAAGCAGUCGUGUCUGAUUUAACAUAUGUUGAUACUACAAGUUUAUAUAAAAUCUUUAUCAUGGAGUAGAAUACUAUUUAUAAAACUGCCAGUACUUAUGCAAGAAAAUGUGUUGUGUAAAAAUUACAUUUGCUUUGAUGGUAAAACUUUAGCUGCAUGCUUUAUGAGUAUUAUUUGUGUUCUUUUUUCCUUUGAAUUUAUUACUAAUAUUUCAUUUUAUAUCCCUAAUUACAUGAUAAUUAACUUCUCGUAAAUAACAAUUAUUUUCUGUUGGAAUAAAAUGAAACAUGAAAAAUUAAUAAACAUGAGAUAGUAAAUUUCUUACUGUAGGUUAAGUAACACAAUGUAUUUUUCUACUUAUGUUUGCUAUUAUUAUAUGUACUGAAAGUUAGCAAUAUUUUUGUAAAUGAUUUGUUUUGAAUUUUGACUUUGGUAAGCUUUAAUGAACUAAUGUUAUUAGUUAAGUGCUUAGAGGAAUAUUAACAACUCAAAUAACUUACUGUAAUUUUACUUACUCAUUUAGAAAAACCUAUAAGUGAGACUGUAAAUAUACAAUAAAUUGCACAAUUUAGUUUUAUUACAUUUACCUUGUAAGUAAAGUAAAUUAUCACUGAAUAAAAUUUAAUAAAAAAAAAAGUUACAAAUAUUAGAGAGUAAAAUUCUUAAUGAUCUAAUAUUGUUACAAAAUACUUAAAAUGUAAAUUUUGAUAAAAAUUGCUGAAGUGAGCUGAUUGACAAAAUUAACUUUUUUAAAUAAAACUAUUUUGCUUCAGAGGAUGUAUAAUUAAUAAAAAUAUGUUUCCAAUUUUCUAAAA